AUGAGCUUUUCCGUUAUUUGGAUCAAGGCACUUGCCUUAAUCAGUACUCUACUGAUUAAUAUAUCUAGAGCAGAUAUAUCGCUAAGCGAAAUACAGUCAACUUUACAAUUUGAAAUUACAACGGAUUUAUCACAAGUGAAGAUAAACCCAGAAGGCCCUCUUAACUUUCUGCGCGGAUACAUCUACCAUAAGAUGGAGCUCAUGCACAACAAAAGAUUCUUUGCCCCACAGAUUGACACAUAUUAUAAUGCAGGCGAAGACCCAAAGCACCCUCCUGACACCUUUGAUAAGUCUCUAUAUACUCGAGAUAAAAAACAGGAUAAAGUGUAUAAGGUACUAAAAAAGAAUGGAACAGAUAUGUACUUAGAAAAGUAUCACACCCAUCUGAUUGAUCUGUUUCCAUCACACACUGGUGACAUAACCAUUGAGGCACGAGGAAACCAGUCUUUUGUUCAGUUCUUGCGGGCAAAGACAACAGAGAAGCACUCUUUGCAGAUUCUGGCCAUGCUGCUGCUUUUCUCAGAGGGGGUGAAUAUUCCCAUCAAAGUCAAUAAUUCUGUACUAGAGGUCUAUGAAAAAGACGAAAAAGAUGAAAUAUACUUUAAAGUGUCUAUGAGAAUCCCAUGGUUUGACAGUAAUUUGAAGAAGGAAGUACUGACCAGGCAAAGAACAGCUAAUCAAAUUAUUAGCUUCUUCGAGGCCAAUGCAACCAAUUGUGAAGUACUUAACAUGCUUGUGGACAGAUGCUCACAAGAUGAAGUUGCUACAGGAAUUUUCCUAGACAGCCUUAAGUUUCUUAUCCAGACGUAUAUAUUUGGAUUUAUAGACAGUGCAAAACGCGCAACGGAGUUUAUCCAGACUGUGCAUAGUAUGACAGAAAAAUAUGCACCAAAGACAGAAGCACCAAUCAAAGGCAACUCGGUAUAUGACAGACUGUUUAAGCCUGCUAGCGUUGAAGCAGAAAUAGACUGUGCAGUUUUAAUGAAGGACACUCAAGAUAUUCUAAAUACGUAUCGGGCUUUUCCAUUUGCAGACAACACACAGCUUCCUGCAUAUACAUCUGUUCCUUUUUACAACCGAGAGUUAACUAGCUUUUCCAAAAACAGCUUGGAAAGCUAUAGUAACUGCGUGGAGUGCUCAAUUCUUUCUCUUUUCUGCUGCUUGACAUACGAUCCAUCUGAUUUCCUACAUAAAACAGAUCACAUGGGGAAUGUCUCUGAUGAGCUUAAAGAUUUCUUCUCUAUAGACAAACAGCCAUUUUUCACUACAAAAAUUGAGUUCCAGGAGAAAUGGUGUGCAGUUGUUGCAGAUAUAAAAAACCUAAAUAUUCUAUAUCGCAGAGAUAGAAACGAGCUAUAUCCUGGUAUUCUGAAUAUGCUCAUGGUCAUUGCUGAAAUAGUAAAUGCACCUGAAGACGAAAAAGACAAAAUAGUAGCCGCCAUGUGGGACCUAUAUGACGGAGGUGGAUAUCUAACCAAUACAUUGAGUGAAAAUAUUAAAGACUACACAGAAGAAGUAUUUAAACGUCUAUCCAAAACAGAAAAUAUACAAGUUAAUUUUUCUGAUCUCCAAUGUGCUGAAUUUCCUGGGAAUGUAUAUGACUUAGUUGGCGAGAUUACUGUGGUAUUUGAGCACACCAAUGUUAAGAAUACAAUAGUCUUAACUAUAACUGAUACUCAUAGUGCUAUUAAGAUGGAACCUACUGUUAUGAAAGUUCAUGAUGACCGACUAGAAAGAAUGAAUAGAAUAGCAAAUACUUCUAGAGAUAGAGAGACAUUUAUUGAAAAUCUACUUACUAUGUAUGUUGACUAUGAGGCAAGAAAGAUUGACACGCCUGAGAAUAGCAAUGAGUUUAUGAGGUCUCAGGUAUGCAAAACCAUUGAGAACAACUUCACAGACAUCAAUAGACUGCUGCUAAUGAAGAAAAUUAGCGAUUAUAACUACAAGCAGGAUUUAGUUGCCUGUUCUAUCAUAUACAGCAUGGAUCAGGAGCUAUUCCUAGAGCACCCCCUUGUUCGGUUUACUUCCAACAUAAUAGGAAGCACUGAGCUAGAUAGGAUAAUUGUCCAGAUGGAUAUGCUUGCCCCAAUUGUCUUCGCAGAUCUGCAUAAUAAAGAUGGCAAGGUAGGCGCGUACCCAAGGCUGCAAUUUUCAGAGAAUAGAUACAGGCAACUUGCGUGCUUCUCAUUUUCCAGCUACUUUAUUAACUAUACGCUGUACAAUGAUGCUGUUUUUAUGGUGUGGAUCAUGUCCUUUAGAUACACAUGCAUGAAAGAUGAAUUUGUGACAAGUUGCUAUCCAUUAACAGCUAACAAACUGAAUAGAAGAAUUUGCCAAUAUAUAUUCAGAAAUGGAGAUAUGAAGCUUUCUAAUAUCAUUGAUAAGUUCAUCGCGGAUGCAUAUCCUGCACAGGUAGAUGAGGUAACACACAUUUUACACUUUAUCUGGACUGUAUAUCUUUGUGCGGAAGAGAAUCCAAAUGUACAGCUGAUUAAGGAAAACUACGACUUUAUUCGCAACUCCAAGCACAUUUCAAAAGAUUCUGCCCCAUUUGUUCUUCUAGAUGAUAUACGUGAGCAGGUUCUUAAAACCCUCAAUGAUCUAAAGGACCACCUGUGCAGAAAUGAAAAUGAUGUCAAUGAGCUUAAUAAGUUUAUACUUAUUAUUCAGAAAAAAGUUUAA